CAGUCUGUGGCAUGGAAGAGGCAGAUGGCUGCAGCCUUUCCCCUUUUCCUUCACUCCUGUUUCCAUCUCCACUUCCGUCCCCAACAUCUGCCUCAGCGUCAGGACUCAUAAAGGGCAAAGAGUGACAAACCGCAGAAGCAGGUAGGUUGUCUGCAGGUGGAGGAAACAAAGCGGAAAACCCCUCCGGUCGGCUGGAUGUGAGCGGCACAUCGACCGAAGGAGAAGUCCAACAAACGUGAUAUGGACCAAAAUAUCGGAGCAAGUACGAGGAUACGUUCAGUCUUCUUUUUUGUCUUUAUUCUGUAUUAUGAGCAGGCGGCAGUGUAGAGGAACUAGUCCUGCCCAGAAAGGAGGAGGAGUAGGAAAGACGCGCAGAAGGGUGUCGACGGAGAGAGGCAGGGGUAGAGGAGAAGAGGAGGGGAAGAGCAGUGGAAAAAUAAUAGAGUAAUAUUACAAGCUUCUAAUAAUGGCGGCUAAAUCGGACGGGGUCCUGAAGAUAAAGAAGAGCGACGUGGCCUUCACCCCUCUGCAGAACUCGGAGCACUCCGGCUCGGUGCAGGGGCUCCACCCGGGCGCUCAACCCGACUCUGCAGGCACCGGGGAUGGAGACUUCGCCAACGGAGAGUCGCGGUGCUGCGGCGGGGGAGGCUCCAACUCGACGUGCCUUCGCCUGGGCAGGGAGCAGCAAAAAUACACGGUGUGGGACUGCUUGUGGAUCGUAGCCGCAGUGGCCGUGUAUCUGGCCGAUGUGGGCACCGACGUGUGGCUGUCGGUUGACUACUACCUCCGCCGCGACUACUGGUGGUUCGGCCUGACGCUCUUCUUCGUGGUGCUGGGCUCCUUCUCGGUCCAGCUGUUUAGCUUCAGAUGGUUCGUCCACGACUUCAGCACCGAGGACGGCGCGGAAUCCGCUGCCGACUGCUCCCACAUGGAUGGGAACAAGCUGCUGAGCGGCUCUGCCUCACACGGCGACGUUACCGCUCAACACCACCCGGCCACGCCGCAGAGACAGGCGUCGACCGCCAGCAAGAAUACCACGACCAACAGCACCGCGAGCACGGCGGUGGGGAACAGGAGUAGGAAACGAACGGCCUACUACUCCUUCUGCGUCUGGUUCGGCCAGUCGGUCAUCCACAUCCUCCAGCUGGGCCAAAUAUGGAGGUAUUUCCAUACAAUCUACCUGGGCGUUCGGAGUCGUCAGAGUGCUGAGACAGACCGCUGGCGUUACUACUGGAGGAUGGUCUAUGAGUUUGCAGAUGUGAGCAUGCUGCAUCUAUUGGCCACCUUUCUGGAGAGCGCUCCACAACUGGUGCUGCAGCUGUGCAUCAUCAUACAGACACACAAGCUCCAGGCUGUACAAGGUAUGACAGCGGCAGCCUCCCUUGUGUCUCUGGCCUGGGCGCUGGCUUCCUACCAGAAAGCCCUGCGAGAGUCUCGGGAUGACAAGAAGCCGAUCAGCUACCUGGCUGUCAUCAUCCAGUUCUGUUGGCAUUUCUUCACUAUCGCCGCAAGGGUCAUCACCUUUGCCCUGUUUGCCUCUGUGUUCCAACUCUACUUUGGCAUCUUCAUUGUCCUGCACUGGUGCAUCAUGACCUUCUGGAUUGUCCACUGUGAGACAGACUUCUGCAUCAGCAAGUGGGAGGAAAUUGUGUUUGACAUGGUGGUGGGCAUAAUCUAUAUCUUUUCCUGGUUCAACGUCAAGGAGGGUCGGACAAGGUGUCGGCUUUUCAUCUAUUACCUGGUGAUCCUGGUGGAGAAUGCUGCACUCAGUGCGUUGUGGUAUCUCUACCGGUCGCCUCAUACCACUGACGCCUUUGCAGUGCCAGCACUCUGCGUCAUCUUCAGCAGUUUCCUCACUGGCGUGGUUUUCAUGCUCAUGUACUAUGCCUUUUUCCAUCCCAACGGGCCACGCUUUGGACGAUCGCCGAGCGGCCAGGGUCUGGACCUAGACCCCACUGCUCAGUUCUCCACACUACCAUCUGAAGGUGCCACCAACUCACUGCGCUCCAACCGAGGUGGCGCCACAACCCUGGAGCGUGACGUGGGGAAGUAUUCUGAGCGGGAUGGUUGCAUGCCGGUGUUUCAGGUCCGACCCACAGUGCCAUCUACACCAUCGUCUCGUGCCCCACGCCUGGAAGAGACGGUCAUCAAGAUCGACCUCUGCAGGAACCGCUACCCAGCCUGGGAGCGCCAUGUCCUCGACCGUAGUAUACGCAAGGCAAUCCUGGCCAUAGAUUGCUCCCUGACUCCUCCACGGCUGCAGUACAAAGAUGAUGCUCUGGUGCAGGAGAGGUUGGAAUAUGAGACCACGUUAUAGUUCCACCUGCUCUUAGAACCCAUACAGGGGUGCGGUCAUCAGAUGAUUAUCCUGCUAUCACAUGAACAGCAACAAGGACUGUGGCAAUAAGUAUUUGUUACUACCAACAGUCUCAUUUUCAAUCCCUCACUCCCCCUUUUUUUCUGUUCCUCGGCAUCAGCGCCCACCCAGGAGCAUUCAGCCAUUGGCAGUAAUGGGAGGAACAUCUUGGCAAGUGCAGUUGAUGUCGCUGGAAGUGUUUGGGGUCUUUGCAGGGUUGUUGCAGUUAUUUUUACUUCCACUUAUUAGGCAAAUCCUGUCUGGUAUGAACUAAAUGCGAAUCAAAAGAGGGCUUGGACACUCUGCCCAGAUCCUACUAGACACUGAUGCACUGUUUGGUUAAGGUUGGAAACGUUAAGGAUAAAAUAAGCAUGUACAUCCAGACAAGUUAUCAGAUAUUCCACUUUAACCUAAAUGACACCUGAAUUUCACAGAAAUCCUUCUAAUUUUUGAAAGAAAAUUAUCCCUCACUUCAAACUUUAAACUGUUUAUAUGUCUUAAUGUGUUGGUGUCUUAUUGUUUGGAAGUUCUGACAAAUUAAUCCCAUAGCAGCCACAACUGGGUGGGUACUUCCAUAAAUAUGUACAUGAUACCACUCGUCACUCCUAUUCAAUUAGUGCCAAAAAGGUUCCUUGGAAACGUCUUCAAGCUUCUGAGGAGUUGGAACACCUUAGCGAUGGUGAAGUUUUUCUCUGGCCUAGACAGGUCUUUCCUAUUGGAUUCAGGUCUACUCUGAAAGAAGGUCAGAUGGAAAGUGAACUACAUGAAGACAGUGGUCAAAGUAGCAUCUAUACUCAGUCAUUGUGUUGUGUUUGGAUACAAUUAACCAAACCUGGCUGGAAGGAAGGAUAGGGAGCGAGAUAGAAGAGGUGAACACUGGACAGACGCAAGCUCACUGUCUUUCUCUCACAUGGUAAUAAGUCAAACUCACACAAUGCCAAGAACAAAAUCUUCCUGGCAGCUCAACUCAACUAUUUGCAGUCCAGCCUCAUAAACCUGUCUGUGCAAUGAUACUGAUAUUUGCUUGUCUGUGAAAGAGAAUGUGGAGGGGAGAGCAGAAGAAAUGCACAAAGCCUCAGACAGCAAUGAAAAGGAGAUGACAGGAGAGGAGGACACAGGAAAUGGAAAUUAAUCGAGGAUGUAGAAAAAGGGAAAUUGCAGACAAGCAGCUAUCUCAGCCAAACUAAACCAACCACCAGGAUGUACAGUACUCUGACACAACAUGCAGCAUUUUUUACUUUAGAGAUGAUGUAGAGGGUACUGAAGUCACUGUAGUUCUGUGUUUUGUGUUUUAGUAUGUAUGUGUUGGCAACAGGUGUGUGUGUGUGUGUGUGUGUGUGUGUAUGUGUGUGUGUGUGUGUGUGUGUGUGUGGGUGGUGAAACAAGAGAAACAGCUCAGGAGGACAUGUGGUUGGGUGCUGUCAUCAGUCAGUGAAGGUACACCUUGACUUUCUGACUUUAAGUCUGCUUGUUCUUUGAUAAACACAUGUCACUUUCUGGUGGAAGUGUUCCUAUUUUUGACCUCCAGCUAACCCAGGAAAAGCUAUUAACAUUGUAACACCAUGUCACAUAAGUUAGCAUAGUGCUGGUACUGUCCACUGGCUUGAAUGAGAGAUGCUAACAAAGUCACUUUUGGUUAAUAGUACCUUUAUAAAAGCUUGAUGCGGGACCAUCAUACCACAUAUGGUCUGGCAUUUUUAGGUGAGUGAGCAAGUCAAGAUUGCCUGUCAUCUGAUGUGUUCAUAUUUUUAACAUUCUGCCCUUAAUCUUCAUAACGUUGAUGAACGGGGGUAAGCAUUGUGGUAUGGAUGUCCUGGAUCAAGGUUAAGGCAGUACCUAAUGAUGAAACAAGAAAAUGUCAUGUCAUGAGGUGUUUAAAAUCAUAAGCAACAUACUGACAAUUUGGUUAUUCUUAGAGCCUUCCUGCAGUGGUGCUAAUGAAGGUUUGCCCUGAUGGUGGCGUGGGAGGAAAGAUCAGGGGCCGGUUGCACAAAAGACCUUAAGUUAAGAUUUUCCUUAAAGUCCUAUUUGGUUUCCUUAACAUAAAAAAAAUGCACAAAACACCCUUAAGUCUUGUCUUUAAGCUUUCCUUAAGUGAGGUUUUCUCCUUCUCUAAUACUUAACAAAUUCCAUAAAGUUAGUUAAACCAUCACACAGAAGACCUUAGCAACAAAGUAUGGUUAAAAAUGUAAGGUACCUCUGACUCUCAUCUUGACCACAACAUGACCAUAAAUGAAGGAAAGGAACGCAUCACGAGAAGAGCGUUCUUAGAACACUAUAGUUUUGAUAGAGAGAGACAGAUCACUCUACUUUCUGCAGGGAGUUUGAGGAGUGGUAGUAUCCAAACUGUAACAAACAGAAGGUCUAGGUCGAUCAGCUGCUUGCUUUACCUUAAAUUAUCUCUUUGUCUCCCCAGGCAACUACAACUUCAGUUUAUGCAAGAAACAAAAAUUUUUUUGUGCAACACACUUAAAUAACUUCCCAGUUAAGAAGAAAUUAAACCUCAAGGUAUUUUGUGCAACUUCAUCAGUAAGAUCAUCCUGUGGAUAUAUUAAAACCAUGUCAUUACAAAAACUAAUCUAAACAUUUGUUUUCAAGAUAUCUUGUCAUGUUUCAAGAUGUUAGUCAAGAGACAUUUUUGACUAAAUGGUAAAGCAAGGGUCAGUGGGUCUCAAAGUCAUCUUCAAGUGUUGGAUAGGUGGCAGAAACUGUUCAUCACUGCCACUCUCAGGCGCCACAGAGCCCGGUGUCAAAUUGUCACGGUGUCUCUUUAACAUACUGCAUGAAUGAAAACCAAACCCUCAAACAUCCUCAGUGAUCCGAAUCAGAGUGCAACGACAAGGCUAGAGACGGCAGAUGAAUAAAAGAGAGCUUUACCAUCUACCCCCUAUCUCCUACAUUCCCAACCCGAACAGCUUGACUUCAGGGAAUGCUGGGAAGCCAGAGGCAAUGACAUCAUCAUAUGCUGUUGAUGAAAUGUCAGUCAAUCCACCAUGUUCAGGAAUUUAAACUCUCACGACUAUAGAGUGAUGGCAAUGCUAUUUCGAUGGUAAUAGUGUACAAAUUUAUACAAAAGAAAGUUGUUUUUUUCUAAGGAUGGCAAGAGGAGAGAAAAGCACAAAACAAGUCAAUUGGAAAAGAAGUGCAUGAACUUUUUUUAUCCUGCUUAACCAAACCAGCCCCAGGUGUACCAAGCUCUUCUGACCUGAACUGGUCUUUGUCCGAAGACUGAAUUCUGUUGCAGGUCAUUACAGUAUAAUAAAUAAAUUGAUCAUUUUAUUAUUUUGGUCACAAAUAUAUAGCACUUAAUAGAGGAUCCAUGUGGAGCCAAAUAUACUACUAUAACUUUGUUCAGUAUAAAAAGACCACAGAGGGAACCAGAAGGAUGUGACUGUCCAAGCAAAUGCUGGCAUAUUCCAGCUACUGUUUGUGGUUUGCUUAUUAGAUAUAAGUUCAAAUGACUUAUGUCAGUUUUUAUAGUAAUAGUGUUUUGUUGGUGAUGGCAAGUCAAAAAUGUAAUUUGCUUAUGAAAAGACCUGCAGUGUUCUUCUGUCCGACACACUUUAAAGGACCAUACCAAGGGUUUUGCAUGUUUUAGCCAUAUCACAUUUACUUUACGUCACAGCUAAUCAUUUUGCAAACCAAGCUGUUUAGCUUUAGAAAUGUGAAUGUGCUUUUUCUUCUAUUCCAAGAGGCCUUUGAUUUCCUGCAAUUGCUAUACGGUAUAAAACUCUUGAGCUGUUUAAUCAAGUGAAUACCAUUUUUAUAUAUUGAUGGAUGUCAAAGUUACAUUAUUGUUGUAUGGCAAUGCAGCGCAGACUUUCAAAUGUAUCUGCACCUAAACUGCAUUACCCACUGUUUCGUACCGUACAGAAAUGAAUGGAAAUCAAUGGAGGCCUGGAACUGUAGGUAAAAUACAGUGUACUGCUUGCAUCUGAAAAUGGUUGCAAAAACUUAAAAUAUUCAUAAUGUGUAGUUAGAACUAAACUUUGCUAACACAGUGGUCUGGUUCUUUGAAGUUUGUCACGGUUUUAUAAGUUUAAAGUCAGCUGCUUUUAUUAUUCUUUCAGUUGUGACUCAUGAAACAGUUUGCAUAUUGAAGCGUUAGUCACAUAACUUAAAUACACAGUUUCUAGGCGUAUUUCUUUGCCUUCUUGCCACCACACUGUGUGUGUGAGUGUGUGUUCUCAUCAGUUUGUGUACUGUUUUGCUGUACUAGUGGCUGCUUCAGUUUUUUUGACCACAGCUCUUUUUACAGUUUUGCCUUGUACUUUAUUUUGGGCUUUUUUUUACACGUCAAAGUCUGUCUACAGGUCUUGGGGAGUAGUAAGAUACAUGAGUUAUAUACAGCCUUUUGGAAGCUACGUGAGAUUUGAUAAAUUGCCUCAUGUGAUGUCACUUGAGUCAGCAUCAGUUAGGGCUGAAGACUGCAAGUUUGAAAACAACAAGAAUGUGUUGGUGUGGAGUUAGAAAGUUACCAGUGAGCUCUGCUGCAGGCUGCAGGCUACUUGAGCCACCAGCCAACACUAGCAUGACACACCUGAGUUUCCAAUUAAACGGUCAAUUUGCAUUGUGGGUAAUAUAGACACAAAAAUGUCUUAAGUAGAAAAAGCACAGAUAUCAGGAUGGCACAAUACUGUUAGACAUAGUACAAGAAUGCAUUUAGACAGCACUGCAAAAGCUCAUACUCACCUCUUUUGGACAAAUAAAGAUGUUUAGGAAGCCAUCAAACCAAAUUCAUUCUCAUUCUUAAUAAAUUUUGGCAUGAUAUAUAUGCUGUAACUGACAGGAGGCCGAGAGCUGAAAGUGUCAGUAUCACACUGGACAGACUACAGCAGAUAGCACCAGCAGAGGUCCUCAGCAGGUUUAUCUGCCAACACUGGACUUUAAAAAAAUGUACACUCCCUGAAAGCAUUGCCAUUAUUUUUAUACAUUCAUACAAGAUUUCACUUUCAAUUAAAUUUUAUUUAUAUAGCGCCAAUUCAUACUAUAUUAUUUACAAAGACCCAACAAAAGACAGUACAUACUUGACCUCUUUGUUUGCCAGACAGUUGUUAAAACAGAAUUAUCAUGGACUUUGAGAAAGUCUGACUGAAGGUUGAAAAGUAGAUUUCCUCUCUGUAGCCAACUCUGUGUAAAUGCAGCCUUAUUAUAUUUUAAAAGGGAUGUCAAAGCAUUUUAUGUAUGUUUAUUUGCAGUCGUUCUAAAAUCCAGUGUAG